AGUGUGUGGUGUAAUCUCACGUGUUGUGUACGGAGCGCACCCGGGCUGCGAUGGGGAAGAAGCCGGGAGAUAAAGCGGCUGGAUCGGCUGUCAGGGCCGGUGCGGGGCGUCCCCCGCGGGAAUAUGAAGAAAAAGACAAAUUCCACCCCGAAGGACCCGGACACCCAGGAAAUCCCGUUCAAGCUGCGAGAAAUCAUGAAGAGUCGGAUGGAAAUGGACAAACCGAAGAAAAGGAGGCGGCCAGUGCAGACACGAGGGCGGCACAGUGAGGGGUUGCAGACGGACAUUCCGGUGCCGAAGUUCAAGCGGGAGAGAAACGAAUCGGUCGGCGCCUUCCUGAGCCGCAUGAAUCGGGAGACCCAACAU